CCCCCCUCCCGGCCUCCCCCCUUUCAAACUAAAACGGCACACAGCACACCGCCUUCCGCCUCCGCCCUCCCCCUCCCCUUCGCAAUGGCGUCGGGCUCCUCCCGAGGUCAAGUGGACAAGUUCUUCUCGGCCAAGAAGCGGAGGUCCUCGUCGCGCAAGGACGAGCCCUUGCCGUUCGGGUCGCAGCAUGGAAGCCCUGGGGGCGCGAAGGGGUCCCUGGCGGGGUACCUUGUCCGGUCCCCUUCCGCCGCGGCGGCGGCGGCGGCGGCGGGUUCUCAGGGUGUUGGGGACGAGGGCGCCAGGAGGAGCCUCUCGGCCGCGAUGGAUGUCGAUGUCUGCAAUUCCGCGGCUGCGACGGCGGGCUAUGGUGACGAUUUGGAGAUGAACCGCAGUUCUAUCCCGUCUGUUAUGUGUGAUGCUGGCGAGGGCGAACCAGACAAGAAACAGAAGAGGAGCGCGGGCCACAUUCCCUGCAGCGGUAGAUCCGUCAAAAAGCAGUGCAUUGCUCAUUCUGGUGCCUUCGAAGUUCCAAAGGUUAUUCAUGGCAGUGGUUCUGAGCCUCUCGAGGAAUUAGGCGAGGUAGCAAAGUUGAGCAAUGAGGGGUUUGGAGGCUUGCAAAGAUGUAGCUUUACCCCAAAUACUGCACAGAAAAAGGUUGAGUUUUCUGUACCACCUGGACAGACCCCAAAAUCUGCGUCCUCCCUGGUUUCACCAGGGGAGGACUUCUGGAAUGCUGCGAUCGAAUUUGCUGAUGGCAUCUCUGCUCUGGCUGACAAGGGUCCUAGAAGGGCAUACCAUGAUGUGACAGAGGACAAGUCAUCUUGUCCAGUUGCACUGUGUUCAAAGACUCUUCCUAUAUCAGGAAAGGAUGAUUUCGACUGUGAAAAUACAGUAGGAAGCAAUGUUACGAAGCAGAUGGACGAGUCUUCAAAUAAAGUAGAAUUAGUGGCAACAACUAGGCACCAUAAAAACAACUCUCCGUUGCCUGUGAAGCAUUUGAACUUCUUUCAUGAGGAUGAGAUUCAAGUUUCAAGCUUGGAAGGUAAAGAAAAAGGUGGCACUUUUUCUGGAAAUGUUCAAGUGGAUCAGGGUAAGCUGAAGGACAAUUGCUUUCCUAGAAUGGAAAACCUCCGGCAUUCUGUAGAUGACUUGAAGACAAUUACUUUUGACCCACACACUAAUUCUCCGAUCAUGAUUCCUAGUGAGGGUUUGUUCAAGUCAAACAUGGUAGGGAAGGGUCAUUCAACUGAAAUGGGUGGAGAAGGUUGUUGUAUGGUUAAGACUGACCUCAAUCAACUGACCCAUGGUGAGACUAAAUCGCUUCCUGCAUAUUCAAAUUGUCGCAAGCCUUGCAGAGAUUCCCAGAGCAAAUUUGCUUCUCAAAGAGUGGAAGUGAGCACUCCUACUAGCUCUGUUCCUCUGAAGGACCACUCCAAGCUCUCAAGUUGGCUCCCUCCCCAGCUUUGUGCUGUAUACAUGAAAAAAGGCAUUUCAGAGCUGUAUCCAUGGCAGGUAGAAUGUUUACUCGUGGACGGUGUCUUAGAGAAACGCAAUCUUGUAUACUGUGCAUCUACGAGUGCUGGUAAAAGUUUUGUUGCUGAAGUUCUGAUGUUGAGGCGAAUAUUGUCCAGUGGAAAUAUAGCAAUUCUUGUCCUUCCAUAUGUUUCAUUAUGUGCUGAAAAGGCUGCACAUCUCGAGCAACUUCUUGAGCCAUUGGGUAGGCAUGUCCGUAGCUUCUAUGGAAAUCAGGGGGGAGGGUCACUUCCUAAAGAUACAUCAGUUGCUGUAUGUACCAUAGAGAAGGCAAAUUCUUUGGUAAACAAGUUGUUGGAGGAUGGCCGCCUUUCUGAACUUGGUAUAAUUGUAAUAGAUGAGCUUCAUAUGGUUGGUGAUCAGCACAGAGGCUACCUUUUGGAGCUGAUGCUGACAAAGCUUCGGUAUGCAGCUGGUGAAGGCAAUUCAGAGUCAUCUAGUGGAGAAAAUUCGAGUUCUAGCAGUGGGAAGACGGGUGCCACUCAUGGAUUGCAGAUCAUUGGUAUGAGUGCUACUAUGCCAAAUGUUGCAGCCGUAGCUGAUUGGCUUCAAGCUGCACUUUAUCAAACUACCUUUCGACCUGUCCCACUGGAGGAAUUCAUCAAAGUUGGUAAUCAAUUAUUUGAUAAAGACAUGAAUAUUGUCCGAGUACUACCAAAAGUAGCUGAUCUUGGUGGUAAGGAUCCAGAUCAUAUUGUUGAGUUGUGUAAUGAGGUUAUUCUGGAGGGUCAUUCUGUUCUUUUAUUUUGCUCCAGCCGGAAAGGCUGUGAAUCAACUGCAAGACACAUUGCGAAGUACUUGAAAGUAGCUUAUGUUCACUCAAAAGAAGUUAGUUCAGAGUUCCAAGAUGCUGCAUCUGCAGUUGAAGCCUUGAAGAGGUGUCCUGCUGGGUUAGAUCCUGUACUGGAAGAAACCCUUCCUUGUGGUGUUGCAUACCACCAUGCUGGUCUCACGGUUGAGGAGAGGGAGAUUGUGGAAACAUGCUACCGUAAAGGUCUUGUCCGAGUUUUGACUGCCACUUCAACUUUAGCUGCUGGAGUAAACUUGCCUGCCAGACGAGUUAUAUUCAGGCAACCUAGGAUAGGUCGUGAUUUCAUUGAUGGGACUCGCUAUAGACAGAUGGCUGGUCGUGCUGGUCGAACUGGGAUAGACACAAAAGGAGAGAGUAUACUUGUAUGUAAGCCUGAAGAGGUAAAGAGGAUUACAGGUAUUAUUAGAAGUGAGUGCCCUCCUUUGCAGUCAUGCCUGUCAGAAGACAAAAAUGGAAUGACUCAUGCAAUCAUGGAAGUUGUUGCUGGUGGGAUUGUGCAAACCGCAAGUGAUAUCCAUCGUUAUGUGAGGUGUACAUUGCUUAACUCCACCAAACCUUUUGACGAUGUUGUAAAAUCUGCUCAAGACUCCCUUCGUUGGUUGUGCCAUAAAAGGUUUGUUGAGUGGAACAAUGACACCAAAAUAUACUCCACCACUCCACUUGGGCGAGCAUGUUUUGGUAGUUCCCUUAACCCUGAGGAGUCACUGGUUGUGCUUGAUGAUCUUUCAAGGGCAAGAGAAGGUUUUGUUCUGGCAUCUGACUUGCAUUUAGUCUACUUGGUAACCCCCACAAAUGUAGAUGUUGAACCUGAUUGGGAAUUAUAUUACGAGAGGUUCAUGCAACUGUCUUCUCUUGAGCAGUCAGUUGGCAACCGGGUUGGAGUAAUAGAACCUUUCUUGAUGCACAUGGCUCAUGGGGCAGCAAUGCCUGUUCGUGGCAAGUCCAAGAAAAACACCAGUGGAGGUUCAAAUUCUCUUAUUAAUGAGCAGUCACUUAGAGUGUCCAAGCGCUUUUAUGUUGCCUUGAUGAUUUCAAGGCUUGCUCAGGAGAUUCCUGUCACCGACGUUUGUGAAUCGUUUAAAGUUGCCAGGGGUACAAUUCAAGCCUUGCAGGAAAAUGCUGGCAGGUUUGCUUCAAUGGUUGCUGCCUUUUGUCAGAGACUUGGUUGGCUUGAUUUAGAAGGCCUUGUCGCCAAGUUCCAAAACCGUGUCUCGUUUGGAGUUAGGGCAGAGAUUGCAGAACUUACAUCAAUUCCAUUCGUCAAGGGCUCACGUGCAAGGGCCCUUUAUAACUCUGGUUUGCGUACACCUGUUAACAUUGCUGAAGCAUCUGUUCUGCAAAUCGCGAAAGCUCUUUUCGAAUCUUCUACUUGGUCUGGUCAAGAUGAUUCUGGUUUAAGACGAAUGCAAUUGGGUAUAGCCAAGAAAGUAAAAAAUGGAGCUCGCAGAAUUGUUCUUGAAGAGGCCGAAGCAGCCAGGGUAGCAGCAUUCUCAGCUUUCAAAUCCCUUGGAGUAGAAGUUCCUCAGUUUACCACACCUCUACUCCCAGCAAGUGAGGACUCUCCACCCCGAGAAAUCACUGUUCCCCCUGGUGGAGAUCAUGCUAAGUGCCAUGAGUCAGCAUUAGGGACACAUCUCGGUGAUGAUAUAAACAUCUGCUUUGAUUAUGUUGAUCAAAGGGCUUCUACAGAGAUUUUAGUGGAGGAUAUUCACCCUAUUUCUUUGAUUCAAAUAAAAGCGAGCGAAGGAAUAGAGAAUAAUGUCAGCAUGGCUACUAUGCAAGAAGAAGCAUCACCUUUAUCGACAGAAAUUAUUGAUAAGUUGCCUAGCAGAAAUGUGGCCGAGAAAGGUCCCGUCAAUGCAUAUAGCUUCCCUGGAGGGUUCGAUAGUUUCCUUGAUCAAUGGUCUUCAGUUAAUGAGUUUACUUUUGAUCUUCAUUUUGUUAGGAAAUCAACUAAACUAUCUUCGGCCAUUUUUGAAAUUCUUGGAUUGGCCGUUUGUUGGGAAAAUUCACCCAUCUACUACUGCAAUUUCCCGAAAGACCUUGCCACAACUAGUAACAAUGAUUCUGUCCAAAUAUGGGAAGAAUUUAACAGAAGGUGGAGUAGAAUUGUUGGCAUUAUGCAGCAAAAGAGUGUCAAGAAAAUGACAUGGAAUUUGAAGAUCCAGAUUCAGGCACUUAAAUCUCCUUGUAUUUCUUGCCAACGGCUUGCUAGGAGUCACCUCGACUAUAAAACAUUAAACAAUAUUGAAGUCCUUGACAGCACGCAUGUGAUGCUACCACCAAUAUCUGUCUAUAAUGGAUUAGACAUAUGCUUGGUUGCAUGGAUUCUCUGGCCCGACGAGGAAAGUAAAGCAGUGCCAAACCUUGACAAGUUGGUGAAGAGACGGCUACAUAGUGAGGCUGCAGCAGCUGCAAAUCGUGAUGGCAGAUGGAGAAAUCAGAUGCACAAAGCAGCACACGAUGGUUGCUGUAGGCGUGCUGCGCAGACAAGAGCAUUGGGUUCUGUUUUGAGGAUCUUACUUGUUUCUCAAAAUCUUAAUGAUUUAGUAGAAACAGUCGAGGGUCCAUUGGUCAAUGUUCUUGCUGAUAUGGAACUCUGGGGAAUUGGUGCUGACAUGGAGGCUUGUCUCCGUGCGAGGCAUAUUAUAAUAAAAAGGCUGAAGGAGCUAGAGAAAGAAGCAUACAAAUUAGUCGGCAAGAGUUUCUCGCUAAAUUCCAAUGCUGACAUAGCGGACAUUCUUUAUACACACUUGAAACUCCCAGUCCCAAAAGGUAUCGAGAAAGGAAAAUUACAUCCUAGCACUGAUAAGCAGUCUCUAGACCAUCUAAGGGAUUUGCACCCAAUUAUCUCAGUAAUUAGGGAUCAUAGAACAUUGGCCAAACUGUUGAAUGGCACAUUGGGGUCCAUUUGUUCACGGGCUCAGUUGUGCAGCAAAUCUCAAAGGCACAUCAUACAUGGAAAUUGGCUUCAGACAUCAACUGCUACUGGUCGACUGUCAAUGGAAGAGCCAAAUCUCCAGUGUGUUGAGCACAUGGUGGAUUUUACAACAGGAAAGAAUGAUAAAGAUUUGACAAGCAUGUCAAUGGUUCAUCAUGAAAUCAAUGCCCGUGAUUUUUUUAUUCCCACACAAGAUAACUGGUUGUUGGUAACGGCUGAUUACUCUCAGAUUGAGUUGCGUUUCAUGGCGCAUUUUUCUAAAGAUCCUGUGUUGAUUGAGCUUCUAAGUAAACCAGAUGUUGAUGUGUUUACAAUGAUUGCUUCAAGAUGGAUCGGCAAAGAGGAGUCCUUGGUUUCUUCCAAGGACAGAGAUAACACAAAAAGAUUUAUUUAUGGCAUCCUCUACGGAAUGGGCGCCAACUCCCUCGCAGAACAACUCGAAUGCAGCCCAGAGGAAGCUGCACAGAAAAUCCAAAGUUUCAAGAGAUUCUUUCCAGGUGUUUCUUCGUGGUUACAUGCAGCUGUGGCAUCAUGUCGCCAAAAAGGAUAUGUGGAGACCUUGAUGGGACGACGACGUUUUCUUUCAAAAAUUACUGCUGGAAAUAGCACAGAGAAAGCUAAAGCACAGCGACAAGCAGUUAAUUCCAUUUGCCAGGGUUCAGCUGCUGAUAUUAUCAAGGUGGCUAUGCUUAAGGUUCAUUCUGUGAUUACCAAUGGGAAUUGUACAGUUGAUUCCAUGAAUGGGCUUAUGCAUAACUUUUCAGAAAUCAGAGGGCGCUGUCACCUUAUUCUGCAGGUGCAUGAUGAACUUGUGCUUGAAGUUGACCCAUCUAUGGUAGCUGAGGCGGGAAGGCUGCUACAGAUAAGCAUGGAAAAUGCAGCUUCACUCUUGGUACCUUUACGCACUAAAAUAAAGGUUGGAAAAACUUGGGGUUCUCUUGAGCCGUUCCAGCCAGAGCCUUGAUGCAAUGGUGACUGGUUGAAUCAGGUCAUGGUUUCUGGUUCUCUGUCAGAGGGACCUGCGGUUGCUUUGCGUAUCUUCUGUCCUCGGAUCUAAUGAACGGUACCACCAGCAAACAUGGUGAUUCUCAGGGAACCUCGCAAGAGGGCAUGACGAUUGUGCAUGCUGUCAUUCAACUUCUUCGAGGAUAUCGACCAGCAGGUUCUUACAUACGGAGUAUUUUAUAAAUGAGUUGCCUGAAGGGUAGGACAUCUCAGAGAAGUCGAGGCUCCUCUCUAAAGCCCUUCAUGUCCAUUGACAUCACCAAACUUAACUGGGCCGUCAGAUCUUGAUUUUGCGGUGAGGUCAAAUGAAUUUGAUUUCCCAUCUGUCUGAAUCUGAUGAGGCCAAGCCUACGCAUACAUCUAUUUGUCUCAAGAGUGGAGAGAUCCCACGCCAUGCGGCACAGAGUGACUAGUUUUUUGGUGUAUAUGAAUAGUUUUACGGGUGUUGGUAGCUGGGUGUAUAUAGCUAUGCUGUGUUUGGUAUGUAGCCUCUGUAUUUUCUGGGACAUGUUAGCAUGUAUUUGAGGAUACAUACUACCACAAUUAUGAGAUGGAAUGGAAAAUGAAUUUUGUACAGAAUUUUAGGUUGUAGCAUGGUUAUAGCACAAACAUUAUGGUCUGAAAAAA